AUGUCCGAUCUUCUGAAAUUUAUGUCACUGGUCGGAAAGCUCAAGUCUACCAAGCGUACAGGAUGGGUCUAUCGCGGUGUAAACUCUCCAGAGAGCGUAUCCGACCACAUGUAUCGCAUGGCGAUAAUGAGUUUUCUGCUGAGCGGACAAAACGAAGACGCUAAAAUCAACCGCGAUCAUUGCAUUAAACUUGCGCUAGUCCACGACAUGGCUGAGUGCAUCGUCGGCGAUAUCACACCAUUCGAUGGAGUCAGUAAAGAAGAGAAACACAAGCGUGAAAAAGAAACGAUGGAGUAUUUAUCAGGCUUGGUCGGAGAAGAAGUAGGGAAAGAAUUUCUUUCGUUGUGGCAAGAGUACGAAGCACAGGAGACCCAAGAAGCAAAGUUUGUAAAGGAUCUGGAUAGGUUUGAAAUGAUCCUACAGGCGCAUGAGUACGAAGUAAGCGAGGAAAAGUCUGGAACAGGCUGGUUACAAGAAUUCUUUGACUUCACGAAGGAUAAAUUUCAACAUCCAGUAGUGAAGGACUGGGUUGAACAGCUAAAUAAGUUACGGGAUCAGAAAAAGAAUUAG